UCAAAACAACUUUCCGGACUUUCAGAAUGGCGUUUAGUUUCGUAGCAACACAGAGUACAAGCGAUUUGUUUUCGCGCCGUUUGGCUAAGUAGGCAUUAGUUUCCUGUGUUUAUUCAUUCGCAAUCAAUCUAAUCGUCCAAACAAUCAUGAGCGAAGACGAGAGAACGCUGUGGUGUGGAAAUCUGAGCGAAAGUGUUACGGAAGAGUUGCUGUACGAGUUGUUUCUUCAGGCUGGUCCGCUCGAGAAAGUAAAGAUUCCCCGUGAUGGUGAUAGGCGCCAACGAAGUUACGCCUUCAUUACGUUCGCACACGCCUGUAGUGUGGAGUAUGCAUUGAACAUAUUCGAGGGCACAGCGCUACUGCAACGUCCACUUACACUGCACAGAAAAACACGCAACGGACCCAACGCUAGCACUGCUUUAACCCAAACGAAUUUUAAUCAUCCUAUGGGUAGCGGUAGUAGAAGCAAUAACACAGACACACGAUAUUCCAACGAUGCAGCACCAGUGCAUUUCCCACAGCAACAGCCGAUGGAUGGUAAUGCAUUCGCCUCGUCGAAUAUAAAUCUGGACAGUCUAAAUGCAAUGUACGGACAAAAUGACAUAUUGGCUACGAUGUCGAUGGCUCUGAGCAGUUCACCGUUCGUAUUUACACCGGAUCUAUUGGCUCAGCUGGGUCAGCAAAUGCUUGGUGCGGAUCUUCCCCCUUUGAACGAUGCCAACCAGCAGCAGAGUUCGCUGCGUACGAAAAUAACGCACAGUGAUCGAUCGCACCAUCGCGAUCGUCAUCACAAUAAACCGUAUUCGCGAGACGACCGUUACGACUAUAACCAUGAUCGUAAUGAUUCGCAUAAACGCCACCGCUACGACAGCAACAGUGGACGACAUAAUAACGAUCGCGAAAAAGACCAUCAUCGAAGCAAUCGGCGACGCAGAUAGUGGGUUGAACAGUUGCAUUAUGGUACAAACAAACAAAAUCUUUCUUAUUUACUUCAACCAUCUCGAUAGUCGGGACGGUGAUGUUAUAUAUGCAUAUAUGUGAGGACGAUGAAUCACUCAAGUGAACGGAUGAUGGCAGCAGCAUGUUGUAAAUAUUUCGAAUGAUUGUAGUAUUCAAAUUUGAAUCAACUCUCGCCAAACCCCAAUUUAAGGGUUUUGUGUGUGGAUAAUAAAAUUGAAACCAUGGCCGGUGUACGAACCACCCGGUAACAAAAAAAAACAAAUCGUUUCCAU